UCUGGAAGGUUCUCCGCUGCAAAAUCACUGACCAACCCCACUGGCAUCCUGGACCCGUGCGCUUGCAGGGUCUCUGUUCGAAAGGAGCUGAAGGGAGGAAAGGCGUAUGUAAAGCUGGGCUUUGCGGAUCUGAACCUGGCAGAGUUUGCUGGAUCAGGCUCCACUGUGCGCUGCUGUCUGCUGGAGGGCUACGAUACCAAGAACACUCGACAGGACAACUCCAUACUGAAAGUGACCAUUGGAAUGACUCUGUUAUCUGGAGAUCCAUGUUUUAAGACACCGCCCAGCACGGCGAAGUCCAUCACGGUGUCAGGCAGAGACACCUCCCUGCAGCUGGACUGUAAAGGGGAGGGGACCGGUGCGGAGAUCCCGCCCCGCCUCGCCAAGCAGCGUCCCUCCGUGCUCAGCACAGGUAAGAGUCGCCACUGCUCUAGUCAGGGCCUCCAAUUACUCUCUGUGUGUGUGUGUGUGUGUGUGUGUGUGUGUAACUCUAACUCUUGUGCUCCAUGUGUAUCAGGUCUGCCAGAGGAGGGGGAGCUGAGUGCCUCCAGUCCAGAUGAGUCCUUCCACACGGGCCACUCCAGAAACUCCAGCUACGCAAGCCAGCAAAGCAAGCUGUCCGGUUACAGCACGGAGCACUCAUGCUCAUCCAGCCUGUCUGACCUGACCCACCGCAGGAACACCUCCACAGGAAGCAGCGCGUCGGGGGGGUUCAGCCACACCACAGACACCCCCCCUGAGGGAGAGUUGCGCCCAGAGAGACCCCCCCGACCCCCCCGACCCAUCCUGCCCAGCAACCGGCCCCCCAGGAGGAAGCAGGACUCGGUGGAGAGCCACCCCUCGUGGGUGAACGACACCCGCAUGGACGCUGAUGACAUCGUGGAGAAGAUCGUCCAGAGUCAGAACUUUGCUGACAUCAGCAACACUGAAGAUAGCAACCUGCGUCUGUUCGUCAGCAGGGAUGGCACGACGGCUCUGAGUGGCAUUCAGCUGGGCAGCAGGGUGACCGCUGGUGUGUAUGAACCCGUGGUGAUCGAGACCCAUUAGGCUCCAGAGGGGCCAGUUGGGACGUGGUGAUCGAGACCCAUUAGACCCCAGAGGUUCCAGUUGGGACGCUGAGAAAUGCCACUCAGCACCCGACCCCUCCUGGAUCAGAACCGCUGCCUGUUUGUCUGUCUGUCUGACUGACUGUCUGUAUGAUUGUCUGUCUGCCUGUUUGUCUGUCUGUCUGACUGUCUCUGUCUAUCUGAGUGCUUCCUCUGCCAGGCCUUGCACUGUCCAAACCACUCCUAGUCUUCCCAGAGGACUUCCUGUCUAUUUGAGCGGUUUGCCGCUCUGGACUCUAACCCUGAGCACUAAUGUUACUAAGGCACUCAAGGAGAAUAUGCAUGCCAUAGACCAGAUUCCCUACAGAUUGGGGAUAUGCACGCCAUCAACCAGAUUCCCUACAGAUUGGGAAUAUGCACAGUGCAGAGAUUCCCUUCGGACUGGACUUUUUCAUUCAAGUCACUGACUUUCUCAGAGGGACUGGCAGCGCAUGCUUUUGCUUGACGUUAGCGAUGAGAACUGAAUCCCUGAUGCUGCUGCAGGUCGGCCAUCUCCCCCUCACCUCUCUCUGAAGCACAGCUUAUCUCCCCUCUCUGAAGCACAGCUCAUCACCCCUCUCUGAAGCACAGCUCAUCAGCCAUUGAGAGAGUCUCAGACUCAUCUCCCCUCUCUGAAGCACAGCUCAUCUGCCAUUGAGAGAGUCUCAGACUCAUCUCCCCUCUCUGAAGCACAGCUUAUCUCCCCUCUCUGAAGCACAGCUCAUCUCCCCUCUCUGAAGCACAGCUCAUCUGCCAUUGAGAGAGUCUCAGACUCAUCUCCCCUCUCUGAAGCACAGCUCAUCUGCCCUUGAGAGAGUGGCUGCAGACGUAGAGGUCUCUCAGUCAUCUCCCCUCUCUGAAGCACAGCUCAUAGCCUGCAUGUCACACUCCCAGUAGCCGUUUCUGGGUGAUGGUGGGGUAUUUUUGGAUUGGUAUUGACUGACUUGUGGUGUGUUGGGUGUGUAAUUUGUAUUGUUUGGUGGAGGUGUGGGUGUAUUGUUGUUGUUGUUGACUCCUAGAGAUGGGCAUGCAGUGUGUUGAUGAGCCAUAGUGGUGCUGGUGAAGGUUAUUUAGUAGUGAGAGGACAUGAUGUUUGUCCCCAUGUUUGUUUUACUGUGUCGGCUGGUCCGGCAGCUAUGAGUGGAAAACAGACAUGGCUGCACACAUCUCUCUCUAUGACACUCCUUUUUUUCUCUCUCUCUGUCAUUCACUUUCCCUUUCUGUUAUGUUACAUUGAUGGCUUGCCUCUCUCUUGGUCACUCUCUGUCUGUCGUCCUCUCUCUCUCAUUCUCUCCAUUUUGUGCAUACACACACAUCUUCCUCCUGCAUGCUCUGCUGCAAGUGGAGCUGUUACUCUGCAAACCAACCCCUUCCUCCUCAUCCUCCCUUCUUUCCCAGAAUCCAUCACUCCAUUUAAAGGAGCAGGGUGUGCGCCACUGAGGCAGGGGCAGAUUGACUAGACUAGAGUAGGAGAGUAGGAGUUAGUGCACACUAGAGUAGGAGAGUAGGAGUUAGUGCACACUAGAGUUAGUGCACACUAGAGUAGGAGAGUAGAGUUAGUGCACACUAGAGUAGGAGAGUAGGAGUUAGUGCACACUAGAGUAGGAGAGUAGGAGUUAGUGCACACUAGAGUUAGUGCACACUAGAGUAGGAGAGUAGGAGUUAGUACACACUAGAGUUAGUACACACUAGAGUUAGUGCACACUAGAGUUAGUGCACACUGAGUAGGAGGUAGACGACAGUGCACACUUUAGAAUGAAUGGGGGCACAUGGUCUUGAAGAGUUCUUCAGCUUGUCCACACAUGAGCUCCACUUCAGCAAGAUCCCCUCUAGAGAGGCUGUGAGUGGAGGCUUUAGCGGGUUGCAUGGCAGCUGAAGAACCCUGAAGGACUGUCCACUCUCUGUCUAUGCUGAAUCCAUUAAAUAUGACAUUUUUCAUUGCGGAUGUUUUUUCGUGUCACACGUGUCGACCGUUAGGACGUGGUGUUAGGGACUACGGAAAUGUCCAGAUGUGGGACAUUUAGUUUAUGUCCCACCAGCUGGCUCUGGUGGGAAUGUGACCAUAUCUUCCUCAAAUGAGUCCUGAGAUCUGGGCCAGAUCUUCCUGCGUCUGCCUCAGAUGGUGUGGAUCUGGCCCGUGUUCGGCCCAGAUGUGUGCCCGAUCAGGGUGUUGUGUGUUCCACAGUCAGCUGCUGUCUGGUCAGCUCUCGACCUGCACUUUAAACCCUGCUGAGUCUAUCCCACGCGUAACUCCACACAUGCAGCAACCCUCACCUAGUGUUAUACAUCAUCUGUGAACAUCUCGUCUUUUCUUUUUGAAUGAAUGUUUUGAAUGUUUUUGUGUGUAUAUAUAUGUGUAUGUAUGUCCCUGCUAAUUUUUCAAUGUUUGUCAUAGCUCAUAUGGUGAAGUCAUUGGUUCUGUAGUUUGUUUUUUUUAAAUCCUGAGAUUUGUAUGGAGACCCAGCAACGCGUUGUACGUGAGGAACGAGUGAGUCAGAGCAGCAUGUCUUGGUCUCCUACUGAACGUGCUGUCUCUGAUUGGUCAUUCUCCACUAACGUCUUGUCUGUCUGUCUCUGAUUGGUCAUUCUCCACUAACGUCUUGUCUGUCUCUGAUUGGUCAGUCUCCACCCCAGUUGGCCUGAUUAUCUGUGAUGCUAAACCUGAGGUAAUCCAGCACUUCUGAAGGAGAUGCCAGUCGUGUUUGUCAUUGUCAUGCCAACCUAGAGGUCUGCUACACUUUUUGGGUGCAAGUGCUGUGCCCGCUGGCUGUAGAACUGAACAAGUCUUCUCCUUUCACAGAGACUUUCUGAAUGAAUGAGUCUCUUCUGUGGUCUUAGAGACUCCGUGUUUUUAAAUGAAGAAAGUCUGUUUGUUUUUCUGCCCAACCAGCCGGCUGGUUGAUUCUGUUUUAUGUCUUUUGUUUUGUACAAACACUACUCUUCAAAACCAAGUUUACAACCAACGUAUGUUGUGAUGGUGUUACAACAUGUUGCUUUGAAGUUUAUGAAUCAAUGACAUCCUCUCAUCUAGUGGUGUUCUUCUGUGCCAGCCUGUGGCUAGUCGUUAUCUGGUCAUAUAUGAAUGAAGCUGUUGAAAUGGACGGAGUUCCUGAGAGACUUAUUUAGACGUAUAAAGCUACACUGUAAUGAAGAUAAUGUUACAGAAACAGGGUCUUUCCUGGUAAAAUACCUUAUCGUUAUCACAUUAGCCAUACUGUCUCAUGCUAUCCGUGCUCACUCUGGUCAGUAAAUAUUAGUUUGAAGAAGUAGACCUUCAGACAUGACAAAUAUAUCCAGAAGUGUUCUAGAAUGUUGGGACCAAUAUGGAGCUGGUUGGUGUGGACCAAUGAGAGUGACUUCUGAUGUUCUGAUGACUUCUGGACUCAGCUGAUGGUCUUGCCUCCACUCUGUAGAAUUAUCUGUCCAUUGUCCCUCAUGUUUAGAAUUCUAUGACAUAGAUUUUAUUUCCAGAAUGGUCCUCUGUCUGUGUAACAGAAGUCUAUGUGAAGACAGAGAUGGGUAUUUGGUGUAUACAGUGUUUCAUGUGGUAGGCCCAGGCCAUUUUUCUUAGCUUACAAAUGGAGGGCCGAUCUCAGGUGAUAUGAAGUUAAUUUCAACAGCACAGGAAACCUGCUAAAUAAGUUCCAAAUCUUAUAGAGGUUUAAUUCUUUAUAGAAAGAAUCAAGUGCUAUGCACAAGUCAUAUAUCCCAUAACAUAAGCUAACAUUUUCUCAUGGUUUAGGACAGUAACUUAUGGAAACAGAGUUAUAUCAUUUUAACAAAAUUCAUAUAUAUUUUACAAUAAAUGUUUAGCUAACUAUUUUUUUGAAUUUUAAGAAAUAAAAUUUCAUCAAUUAAAUAAA